GGGGUGAGAAUAUUUAAACCAGUGUCAAAUUAACAUAGACAUGACCAAGGAAAGGACUUUGCUAAAACCAAUUCCACAUGGCAGGUCACUUACAAUAUAGGCAAUUUAAGGACUGUUCUGUUUGGGGGAAUGGUUUUGCCAUUUUUUCCUCAGUAGACAUCCAGACGAGGUUGGAGGUAAAUGGAUUUCCCAUAUACAAUGUACGAGCUAUGGUCAAGGAGCUCAGAGUGCUCAUUAAGACACAGCCUGCUGGAACCUGUCUUCUCCUCCAGGUCUAAGUCUGCAAGCAGCUCCAUCUGAUAGAGAACUGCCCCCUGGUUGUAGGAGUGAAGAGGGGAAGGAAGAGGACUUCAGAUUGCUCUCAGAAGCCUUCGCUCCUAGUGAAAGCUCAAGGACUCCUAGAGAAAUGGACAAAUUCAGUUUAAAGGGUAUCUCUCCAUCUGCUGGAGAGCACGGAGGCUGUUCUCCCUUGGACAUGGCUGACGCUUCAGGAUUAUCUGUGCCACCCUGCCCUGGCUCACCCCCGGGGAAGGCUGGUGUUCUGCUCCAGGAUAAAGGUCUUGACUUUGUAUUGCUGCCAUCCCAGGACCAAGACUCUGCAGAUCCCAGUGCACGCGUCUCCUCAGACGCCCAAGAGUCUUCCCCUUGUGAGUGCACAGGAACUGCUCCCCACCAGCUCCCUACUACCUCCGCGGCCCCCGUUUGGAUUCCUGUGGGAGUUCAGGGGGCAGAUGAGCAAGAUCCCAGCCCAGCUGCAGAAGCGGCCCGGCCCCCGAGCUCCCCGGCCCGGCCCGCCGCAGGGCCCGCAGCGCAGGCCCUCUGGACAGAAACCCCUUUCCCUGCACCCAAGACUGUGGGCGUGGCGGCCCUGGGGUCACCGGGAAAAGCCAGCCUUGAAAUGCCAGCUUCAGGACUGAGCUCAACUAGUGCACAACAAGAGGAAGGGCGACCCCAGGCAGGGUUUCCCCCCGGGGCUGGGUACCCGUGUGGGGGCGUGGCCGUCCCCUCCCCUGCUCCAGGGCAGGGCAGUGGGAAACGUCAGUCAGCAUUAAUCCCUCCGAGGGGCUGUGCCCUUCCUCCUAGCCUGGGGCAGCCCUCAGAACUCCCCGAAGCUCCCUCUCGAUCCAUCAGGAAGCGGAGUUUGGAAGGAAUGAGAAAGCAGACUCGGGUAGAGCUCAGUGACACCAGCAGUGACGAUGAAGACCGACUCGUCAUAGAGAUAUGACCUUGCGGAGGAAGGUGGCGUCUCUGCCUAGGACUAUUGGCAUUUUGCAAGUAAAUGCUAUCCGUUGGACAGGAGUACCAGACUUUAUUUAAAAACAAAACGAAACACAAACACCUGUAGGCCAGGAAAGCCAUUUGGGGUUUCUAUCAAGCCAACUCCAACGACUCCCAAGCCCCAGUUGAGCCAUGCCAUUCUUCUGGGGCAGCUAGGCCCAGCCUAGACAGGCUCCAUGUACACAGAGACUGGGCCUUGACUCAGAGCUUCAGCCUCGGAGUCGGCCAGCAAGUCCGUUCACUUCUGCCUCACGCCCGUAGGAGGGCCACAGUCCAUUGCGGACCCACUUGUCUGGGAGCUCCAGUGGUUAGUGAGCCUCACAGAGUCAGCACAGCUGACCUUUCCAUCAGGAAGCUGAGGGACUGCUACAGGGCAGCAAGCAUCCUCGGGUAAUGGGGAUAACUUGCACAAGGAGAUCGGGGUUAUUGCCAUCCAGAUAUUUGUAGAUUCAUUCCAGAACUGGUUUGCAAGUUGUACAUACACACUUCAACAUGCCUAUGAGCUGGUGAAAUACCGAUACUUUUCAAUGUUGCACAAAUGGUCAAAACUCAUUUAUGGUCAAGCAACAGAAGUACAUACUGCUCUUGUACCUGGUGCCUUUUCUGUGAGAUCCCAAGACCGUUGAUUUUUUUUCUAGCUCUUGCAAAGGAACACUGUGUUAAAAAGUCAACAGAACUGUCUCUCUGCAGUGAGUCAUCUUUUUUGAGGGGGAAAAAUUCACUUAUUUUCCUCAGAUUCUCUUUGUCAUAUUGUGCUCUGAGCAAUUUCAAUUAGAGGGUUACAUUUUAGUAAUCUGUGCAGCUUCAAUUGAUGCCUGCGCCUUGUGAAGGGAGCCUUUUAGAUUUCCUCCAGAAGCUUCAAGGAUACAAAACUAAUUGGAGUUUUGACGCUGUUUUACAUCUCAGUAAUUUUAUUUUGGGGGCUUGGUGUUACUUUGCUGUCAAAUUAAAUCAGCCUCUGUAUUGUGUAAGUCAGAAUAGCACAGAUAAAAUUCCCCAAUGUUCCAAGCCGGCGCGCCCCUGCGCUGAGGAAAAGCACAGAUGGACGUCAGCCAUCCCAGAGUCGAGCCUUCUCCCUCUCCCUACGUGAGAGAGGAAAAACUUAAAGAGGUUUACACUGCUGCAUUUCAAUAAAGUUUUAUACUUGCUUUUGGUAUGAUUUUCUACAAUUUGAAAUUUAUAGCCGAGUACUUUUGGCUUAGCGUUGAUGUAAUGAUGUUCGUAUGACAUCUUGUACUUUAAAGGAAGAAAGCAAUGCAAGGCGCCCCACACUUGUGAAUACACUUUCAGAAGGCUUUGCCUGUGACUAAAUAUGGUCGGAUUUCAGGUACCUUCGCAGGAAUUUCCUCAUUUUAGUGUUCUGCAUAUAAACCUUCAAUACAAGACCAGCUUUCCCUGAGCCUAUGCCUAGGGUCAUUUUCCAUCCC